AUGGCUGAUAAGGAAGCCACCGUCUACAUUGUCGACGUGGGAAAAUCCAUGGGGAAGUGUCAACAUGGCCGCUCCGUCACAGAUCUCGAAUGGGCGAUGCAGUAUGUUUGGGACAGAAUCACAACGACGAUAGCAACUGGGCGCAAAACUGCGACAAUUGGCGUGGUCGCGUUGCGUUCUGAUGACACCUGGAAUGACCUUCAGGAGGAUGAUAGCUUCUCAAAAAUUUCUGUUUUACAAAAACUUGGACAAUUGCUCAUGCCCGAGAUCCGGCGACUCCGGGAUAUCAUAAAGCCCAGUUCCACUGACAGGGGUGACGCUAUCUCCUCGAUAGUGGUUGCAAUUCAAAUGAUCAAUACAUACACCAAGAAGCUGAAAUACAAGCGAAAGAUCGUCCUCGUGACAAACGGGACGGGGCCAAUGAAUAAUGAAGGUAUUGAAGAAAUACAAAGAAAGAUUAAAGAUGAUGGGAUUGAGGUCCUUAUCUUGGGAGCGGACUUCGACGAUGCUGAGUUUGGCGUGAAGGAAGAGGACAAAGACUUCCACAAGGCCGCGAACGAAAGCUUGCUUCGCGAGUUUGCAGACGGCUGUGACGGAGCCUUUGGGACCCUUGAGCAGGCUGUGUCCGAGCUCGAAAUUCCUCGUAUCAAAGUGACAAAGAGUAUGCCGUCAUUCAAAGGCUUCUUAUGCCUUGGGGAUGCGAACCAGUACAACACAGCAUUGCGAAUUCCUGUGGAACGCUUUUUCCGCACUUACGUUGCCAAGCCUCCCUCUGCGUCUUCGUUUGCUGUGCGAUCAGGGGGUGGGACCGGGCAAGAGGGAAUUGAGGAUAGUGCCGGAUCGUCAUCGAGUAGUGGUGAAAGGCUGACAACGGUCCGAAUGUCGCGCACGUAUCAAAUCAAUGACGAGUCUGCACCCGGGGGUAAAGCCGAUGUUGAACGAGAUGACCUUGCCAAGGGCUACGAGUACGGACGAACUGCAGUCCACAUCAGCCAGACAGACGAGAACAUUACGACGCUCGAGACAUUUGCUGGAAUGGAGAUCAUUGGAUUUAUUCAUAUGGAUAAGUACGAUCGAUAUCUCCAAAUGUCGAACACCAACGUCAUUAUCGCACAGAGAGCAAAUGACAAAGCGUCCCUUGCUUUAUCAUCUUUCAUCCAUGCCCUUUUUGAACAAGACUCGUAUGCUGUUGCCAGACUUGUUACGAAGGAACAGAAGCCGCCAAUGAUGGUACUUCUCGCUCCGUCAAUCGAGCAUGAUUACGAAUGUCUUAUUGAGGCUGUCCUUCCUUUCGCUGAAGAUGUUCGCUCUUACCAGUUCCCACCUCUAGACAAGGUGGUGACUGUCUCUGGCAAAAUUGUUACUGAGCAUCGCAAUCUCCCUAACGAUGAGCUGAAGCAGGCCAUGAGCGACUAUGUGGACAACAUGGAGUUGGAUGCCGAAGAGUUACCUGUUGAGGACUCAUACUCUCCGCUUCUCCAUCGAAUCGAAGCCGCCGUGCGAUAUCGUGCAGUGCAUCCCAAUGAUCCUGUCCUCGAGCCAUCCGAGCAGCUCACCAAACUUGCGCACCCUAGCCAAGACUUAAUUGAGAGGUCAAGCCCUUACUUAGACAAGCUCGUGCAGGCAUCGAAUGUCAAGAAAGUGCCACCAAAAACCAAAGGUCGCAAGCGUCUGCGUGAAGCCGAAAAACCUCUGUCAGGUCUUGAUGUUGAUGCGCUUCUCAAGCAAGAGCCUAAGCGCACCGAGAUCUCUGCAUCUAAUGCAAUUCCCGAGUUCAAGCAGAUGCUUUCACGAGCUGAUAGCCUGGACGUCAUCCAUGAUGCUGUGCGGCAAAUGACUAGUAUUGUUGAAAGGCUUAUCAAAGACAGUCUCGGCGAUGCAAAUUACGACCGUGUCGUGGAGAGUCUUGGAACUGUGCGCGAGGAACUAGUGGACUAUGAAGAGCCAACGCUUUACAAUGACUUGAUACGCUCCUUGAAAGCCAAAAUUCUGAGCGAGGAACUCGGUGGUGAUCGACUGGAGCUCUGGUGGCUAGUCAGAAAGGGCAAACUGGGCCUCAUCGAUGAGAAGUUGUCAAGUCUCUCCCAGGUCACUGAGCUAGAGGCGAACGAGUUCUAUUCUGUGCAUGGACUGGCCGAGCACUGCCAUUCAUGA